AUGCCAAAUAAAACAUCCAUUAGAGAAUUCAUUCUUCUGGGACUUACAGAUGACCCAGAAUUACAAGCUGUGAUAUUCUUCUUUAUGUUGUUCACCUACUUACUGAGUGUAAGUGGAAACAUGACCAUCAUCAUGUUAACACUGUCAAACGUCUGUUUGAAGACUCCCAUGUAUUUCUUCCUCAGCAAUUUCUCCUUCUUAGAAAUUUCAUUCACAACAGUCUGUAUUCCUAGCUUUCUGAUCAGCAUCGCUACAGGAGACACAAGCAUUUCCUAUAAUGCUUGUAUGACACAAGUAUUUUUUUUUAAUCUUCUCGGCUCGACAGAGUUUUUUCUUCUGGCUGUGAUGUCUUAUGAUCGCUACGUGGCCAUCUGCAAACCUCUGCAUUACACAACUAUCAUGAGUAACAAAGUCUGCAACCAGCUUGUAAUCAGCUCCUGGCUGGCUGGUUUCCUCAUUAUCUUUCCCCCGGUGAUAAUGGGCCUCCAGCUAGAUUUCUGUGACUCCAACAUUAUUGACCACUUCACCUGUGACUCUUCUCCUAUGCUGCUGAUUGCCUGCACAGACACAAAGUUUCUAGAGCUUCUGGCAUUUUUCUUAGCAGUAUUCACACUCAUGGUAACUCUGGCCUUGGUGAUUCUCUCGUACACACUCAUUCUUAGAACAAUUCUGGAGAUCCCCUCUGCCCAGCAAAGGAAAAAGGCAUUUUCUACUUGUUCCUCCCAUAUGAUUGUGGUUUCCAUUUCUUACGGGAGUUGCAUUUUCAUGUAUGUAAAAACAUCUGCAAAAGAUGGUGUGGCUUUGAGCAAAGGGGUAGCGGUACUCAAUACCUCUGUUGCUCCCAUGCUCAAUCCCUUCAUUUACACCUUAAGGAACCAGCAGGUAAAACAGGCCCUUCGGGAUUUUUACCAAAAAAAUGCUAUUAUCAAACAAGCACUCAUCAUCAUGAAAUCUGUAGCUAAAACCACAGAUGAACCACAUAUAAAUACAAAUCAUUGUUCUAGGUGGUAG